UACUGUUCUGUAUUGUAUUAUCUGAAUGCACAUACUUGUGUGUGUACAUGUAAAUUCUGUGUUCAGCAAAGAACAAGACCAGUUUUUAUUUUUAUUCCCCCUUUAAGUUUUCUCAACAAACAUCUCACACCAAGUAUUGGGAGUUGUAAUCCAGACUGUCUCCUUCACAGGUCUUUCAGCAAAAUUCCCCUGAUAAGGCCCAAGAAACUUUUACUCUCCCGUGUUUCCUACUUCCGAGACAGCAAUUCCAGUGAAAGCAAGAACCUAACAUGGAUUCUUCAGAAUUGUAAAGAGCAGUGUGUCCUUAACGUCAAAGCCUCGAGGUAUAAGAGACUUCCGUCCCUUUUUCUGCCAUAAAAAAAGAAAAGCUUCUCAACUUCCUGUGUUCACGAGUCAUGUUCGUGGUCGUCCUGCUACUACCGGUCAGUGUGGCUUUCAAUCUGACAUCAGGAAUGACCCUCUGUAAUACUCUGAGGAUCUCCACAAGAAGCUUAAGGGCUGAAAUCCCAUCCAACUUUAUCAACUGGAGAUCCCCGUUUCCCGUGUCAGUCGAGAGUCCGCUGCGCGUGGGAGUUGGAAGAAAAAGAAGUAAAAUAUUUAGACAGUGGAAUCUGCGCUGAGCAGUGAUUAAAAGCAUUUCCCGUGCAUCCAGCCCGGGUCAUUUCAGUCCAUGAAUGACUUCAGUGACUUUACAAAAGGGGGAAGUGACGUCCUGUGGCCGUGACGCAGCAGUGAUGGCAUGGCCAUCCGUGCAUUUCAGCAGGUUCUCUACAUCGACCCCGGCUUCCAGCGGGCCAAUGAGGUUCAUCUGCGACUGGGUCACAUGUUCAAGGUGAACUCGGACUAUGAAUCUGGCCUGAAACAUUACCAGCUCGCUCUCAUCGAUUCCUCUCUGUGCUCUCUCACCAAAGCUGAAAUCAAGUUCCACAUUGCACAUUUGCAUGAAAUACAGGGCAAGUAUCAAACGUCAGUUCAAGCGUACGAAGAACUGCUGUCCUUCAUUCCUCUGCCGGAUACCGUCAAAGCCAACUCUCUCAGACAACUGGGUUGGCUCCAUCACAGCUGUGAGCAACUUGGCGACAGUGCCUCCCGGGAGACCAAAGCCAUCCAGUUCCUCAUCAAAUCCCUGGAGGUGGAUCCCAACAGCGGUCAGUCUUGGUACUUCCUGGGCCGCUGCUACUCCAGCAGUGGUAAGGUCCACGAUGCCUUCACGUCUUACCGGCAUUCCAUCGACAAGUCGGAAGCCAAUGCUGACACCUGGUGCUCAAUAGGAGUGCUUUACCAGCAGCAGAACCAGCCCAUGGAUGCUCUCCAGGCCUACAUCUGUGCUGUACAGCUGGAUAAAACACACGUAGCAGCCUGGACCGACCUUGGCAUACUCUACGAAGCUUGUAGUCAACCGAGGGAUGCACUUACCUGCUACAUGAAUGCCUCAAAGUGUUCUAAGAACAGUGGGACGACGUCUCUCGGACCAAGGAUCAAAUUGUUACAAGCCCAGGUCAACGCACUGCCUCAGUUACAUAUGCAAACAAAAAGCAAAACACUGCCAAGUAUUGAGGAGGCAUGGAGUCUUCCUAUUCCUGCUGAGCUGACAUCCAGACAGAGCAACAUGACCACAAUCCAACAGGCACGCAUGAUACCGCCCACGGUAGCUGUCACCAAAGCCAUGCCUCCCCCACCAUACCCCAACCAACUAACCAAUCAACUCACCACCGUCCCCAAUGCUGCACUCAACUGCCUGCCGACUCAGCCGCCGCCCGUCUCUGUGGGUGGGGCCCAGACCAACGCCUCCUCCAGCUCAACAACCACCCAACCCGGCAAUGCACCCAAACGCCGAAAAAACUCGGCUGCGCAAAAGAAGAAGUCUUCCACCUCAGUAGCUGAGCUUCUGAGUAUACAGCAGCAGCAGCAACAACAGCAACUGCUGCAGCAACAGCAACAACAGCAGCAGGCCCUACAGCAGCAACAACAGCAGCAAGCUCCCAGCGUUACCCCUGGCCAGCCCAAGCAGCCGGUUCAGUCCCGCGAGCAACAGCAGCCACAGUCCCCCUCGCCGCCGUCCUUCUACCUGACGCCGCAGCAGGUGGCGCUGUUGCAGCAGCUGCAGCAGAACCAGGCCAACCUGAGCCCCGAGCAGACGGUAGUUAUGCAGCACCUGCAGCAUAAUCUGUGGCUCAUGCAGCAACAUCAUCAGCAGAUGUUAAAGAAGCAUCAGCAGAUGCAGCAACAGCAGGAGCAGCAACAGCAGCAAGCAGCUGGUGGGCAUCUGCAACUCCCAACCAGCAGUGCAAGCAGCAGCCAGCAACAGUCAGCCCUGCCAAACCUCGGUGGCCUUCGUAACACAUCCCAACAGGGAGAUUCAGGUUUGGGCAACACUCUGACAUGGGCGGGCCAGGCCCAGCCCGUGGAUGCCCUGCCCGCUUCGACCGGAACCACGAACUUAGACCUGCUGAGUCGGACAUCCGGGAGGAAUGCAGUGUCAGCAGUGGGAUCGGGCGUAGUGGUGACUGCCAAUGGAGGAGGUCAGGCAGUAUGCACCGGAGGAGCCUUUGUUCCUGCAGGAAACACAGCCACUAGUGUCGGAUUUGCAAAUAUUGGACUGGCCGUAUCCAGCGCACAGACACCAGGGCUGAGUUUCCCAAGGCAUCCUUCCCCAGCUGACGCACCAAAGACCCAGGAACUAUUCAACAAUCAGGCUGUCGCGGGCUCUCUGCAGAGCCGGUCAGGCACAGCCUCCCCAUUGCAUGGACCCAAGAGGAUGGUCACACCCCCAGGGCCAGCCAGCAGUCCUGGACAUGCCCAGACGCCCCUCCAGAAGUCCCUUGACUUCCCUGCGCCGAACGUGGUAGCUCCCCAAAAUGUGGACAUGAACCAGAAGCUCGCCGAGUUCAAAUCUCGGACAGGGGGUGGGGCGGAACCCCAGAGCCUCAUGUCCCCUCAGGAAAUCGCAGACUCUAUGCUGGCCCAGCUGUCCCACACAGACGGCGCCGCCUCGAGCAAAAGUAGCGCGAACUUCAUGGGAGGUACCUCCCCUAGUGUCGCUGGUGAGAACCCCACAAGCGUUAGACACAGCAACGCGGGCAGUGCAUUCUUCAGUACUAUGCCAUCGGGCAUGGGGCCGGGAACAUCACAUGACUCAAAUAACUCGAGACACGAGGGCGGAGUUUUCAAGACCCCACCCCCAGUCACGUCCAGCAUCAACUCCUCGGAGAGCAUCUACUCACAGGCAUUCCAUCCCGGUGUUGAUUGCAAGCCGAAGAUUCCGGAGCACCGAACAGCCGGGCUUGGCUCGCCCCUGCACCCAGCAAGCUCCAGUCAUGGCGCUCACGCCAUACCCAUGGAGGGAUUGAACAGUGUGACAUCUGGGCUGAGUAAUGCCAUGACGAACUCUGCCUCUCCGGCCCAGUCAGUGGGAACUCCACCCAGUGUGUCCAGUCAUUUAUCACAGAUAGACCAUGGGUCAGGAGAGCAUGGUAUGAACACUGUGUCUGGUAUGGGCUCUCCUAUGGGGGGCUCUGUGGUACGUAAGGACAGCAUUGCUGAAAGCUGUGUCCAGAACCAUGUCAAUGGUGUGGGAACAAGUCAAUAUGAUCGGACGUUAUCCAUCAAUACCUCCAUCUCGUUAGGCCGAGGUAGUCAUGCCACCUCCCCCUGCCUGUCCCCCUCGGGUCUCUCCAUAUACUCUAGCUCGGCCAAGGUCCUGGAGGCCUGCCGCAAGCUGGGCAAGAACGGGCUACGGAACAAUAACAUCUUGCUGGAGAAGAUGCCUCCACCAGCACCCCCACCGGCCCCCUAUCCGCCCUUGCCCAAAGAUCAACUCAAUCCUCCAACGCCAAGCGUCUAUGUUGAAACCAAGAUGGAUGCCUACUCACCAGCCCUGGCUGAGUACUGCAUGUCACCCACCCAGCCCAUCACGGUCAUCCGAGGUCUGGCUGCCGCACUCAAGCUGGACUUGGGACUAUUCUCAACCAAAACGCUGGUGGAAACACACGGUGACCAUCCAGUAGAAGUAAGAACACAGAGGCAACAACCUCCUGAUGAGAACUGGGACCAGGCUGGUCUGAAGAAGGUAUGGAAGUGUGAGAGCAGUCGUUCCUUCACCACCAUCGCCAAGUAUGCCCAGUACCAGGCCUCCUCAUUCACAGAAAGCCUAAGGCAGGAAGAAAACGAGAAGAAAUCAAUGGCAGAUGACCCCUUCUCAACCAAAAGGAAAAAGAAGUCCAAUGGAGGCGUGGCUCCAGCAGGGCGAGAGGGCGGACGGGAAUUCAAGAUGCUGAAGUUUGGAACAAACGUUGAUCUCUCCGAUGAGAAAAAGUGGAAGAAACAGUUACACGAGUUGAACAAGUUGCCAGCAUUUACUCGCAUCGUGUCACCAGGCAACAUGCUGAGUCAUGUCGGUCACUCCAUCCUUGGUAUGAAUACUGUACAGCUGUACAUGAAAGUACCAGGGAGCAGAACACCGGGUCACCAAGAGAAUAACAACAUGUGUUCCGUGAACGUCAACAUUGGUCCAGGAGACUGUGAAUGGUUUGCUGUAUGUAACUCCUAUUGGGGGACCAUUAUGAGUCUGACAGAGAGGUAUAACAUCAACUUCCUGAAGGGGUCGUGGUGGCCUGUGUUGGAAGAUUUGUAUGAGGAGAAUGUUCCUGUGUACAGAUUCAUACAGCGACCUGGUGACUUGGUGUGGGUCAACGCAGGGGCUGUGCAUUGGGUGCAGGCAGUGGGUUGGUGCAAUAACAUAGCAUGGAAUGUGGGUCCACUGAUCAGCAGCCAGUACAAGCUGUCAGUGGAACGCUACGAGUGGAAUAAGCUGCAGGGCUACAAGUCCAUCGUUCCCAUGGUUCAUCUCUCCUGGAAUAUGGCCAGAAACAUCAAGAUCACCGAGCCCAAACUCUUCGAGAUGAUGAAGUACUGCUUACUGCGGACGCUCAAACAGACGCAGAUGACGCUGGACCUCCUGAAGGAGAUGGGGGUGGAGGUGCAUUGGCAUGGCCGAGCCAAGAAUGAAACUGCCCAUUACUGCGUCAACUGUGAGGUGGAGGUGUUCAACAUUCUCUUUACGACGGAGAAGGAUCGAAAGUAUGAGGUCCAUUGUCAGGACUGUGCCCGCAAAGCCAGUCACAACUUGGAGGGCUUCGUGGUGCUGGAACAGUACAAACUGCAGGACCUAAUGGAUGCCUACGAUGCCUUUGUCCUCCAUGUACCCGAGAAGGAUGAGAGUCGAGGCUCAACAUGACGGAGGAUCUGCAGCCAUUUAGCUGCUGCAGAGUACCGGCUACAGUCCACAUCCGAGUUACCUAUCCGUUAAUGACAGCGGUACAGCAGUGGGACCAAAGCGCCUCUCCCUAGAGUCAAACCAAAACCAUCGACCGGUUACGAACAAAAAUCACAUGGACAGUGUUAAAUGGUGGAAAAGGACAAAAAAACAGGACGCAUCAGUCAGAUUUCUGUCAAAGCAAGAGUUUGAGUUGAAUGCAGCCCAACAUCUCGAGUGCUAGGAAGCAAACAGUAGCCCCUCACUCUCAGAGAGAAUCACCUGCAAUACAGCUGACUUGAGGCAAUGUCGACCAUCACACAUUGUGGACUCAAGCCAGCAAUGCUGUGUAAGUGUUUCAAUAAAGGAAAUGGUGACAAGCCAGUCAACAGAAUGACAGGUUGCAACAUAGCAACUGCCAUUCAAGCGCAACAAAUUCAAAACCGAUGAAACUCCCAUUACAGUCGCUGAGUGUUUAGAAACGGAAAGUUCAGUUCAACCCAAGACAUUUUUCAGCUGCAUCUGUAUCCAAAGGAACGACCUGCACCCCUGUAACUAGUGUUUGCUUAUACACUGCUGAACACCAAUGGAUGUAUUUAACGAGUACCAGUGAAUGUUUGGAGAAGACAAUGCAUCUGUUGCAUAUAAUUGAUUAGCCUUAUAUGUUGUGGCAUCUUAACACCACCUUGUUGACAGCUCACCCAAAUAAUUUGGCUUCACUCUGGUAAACAAUAGUCGUGAUGCCGGCACGAUUGUAGGGAACUGUAGAGUACGGUGUUGUGAUUAGACCGCACGAAGGCUAAAGAAGCUAAGGAUAUGCACUCGUAACAAAGGUAUUGUAAUCAUCACAAAAUAGAGAUUGCUGUCGAAACUGAACAGAAAACUCGAAAUUGGGGACCGACGUCAAGUUGACAUCAUGGGCCGGCCAUUUUGCGCUUCUUCCCCCAUCCCACUUUUGACAGACUUAACCACAACAUGAAAUGCUGCAUGGAUCAUGUUGAUAAGAUGAUGAGCCCAGGUUCAAGGGAUAAUGUUUAGAAUUGGACUCUGUGAGAAGCUUCAAUAUCAGACGGUUUGUUGUAGCAUCUGCUUGGAGGAUUCACAUGAUUUGGGAGCAUCUGUGAAGUUGGGUUCCUUUUGAUUUGUAAUGUCGAUGCUAACAUUGGCCAAGUGUAAUGAACACAGAAAAAAAAUUGCCCUUGUUGGUUUUUUUUUUGUUUUUUUUUUAUUUAAUUUUAUUUUCAGAUUUUUAUUACCUUUUUUAAGUAAAACUAACUGAGUCUUGGAGCACAUGUUGAGUUUUCCCAAAUCAGGAGAAUCAAAUUUGGUACAUGAAAAAUCACCAGAAAACAAGCACACACUGUGACACUAAACAAAAGUACACGCCCAGUAAUCUCAACAACUAAAUUUGGAAGCACCAUCUUGGCUCCACACUCGAAACAGUUUAGAAUGGAAAAAUGCAAAGAGUUGGUUGUUUUCAAUUUUCUGCAAUGCAUUUCUUCGUUGCAGAUCAAACCAAGAUGAUUAGUGCCUAGGAAAACACACACUCCAAAUGACAGCUGAUGUGGGUUUCUUUCUUUUGGUUUAAUAGCAGAUGACGAUGCUGAAGAAGGAUCUUUGGUUAAGGAAUUGCACACAAUGAACGUUGAAAACUCAAAAUUUUAAAAGAAUGUCUUCUGGUUGAAAAAAAAGGGAUGAAUGACUUGGCUCUCAGUCCUGAGUGAAUAUCCAAACUAUGCAAAUUUUUAUGUUGAUUGUCCUUUUGCUGUGUAGGAGAAUCUGUUGAAUAUUCAUGUCAGUUAAAAAAUCCCUGUAAUGAGAGCCCUUUGUCUUUGUUUUGUUUGUUUUUUAUCCUUUUUGUUUGUUUUUUUUUGAAGGGGAGUCAAGAUAACAAUUUUGGCUAAUUUAGUGACAAGAUUUUAAGGGUUUCUUUAAAUGAUAACACAUUGCUUGCCCAUGGGAAAAAAAGGUGUUGUCACAAUAGCCAGUAGAAGGAAUUCUUUGUAGGAUUGGACCAAUUAUUUGUCGUAAAAGCAAUAACCAGGCAGUUAAUGAACUCUCUGAAUCUUGGCCUUUUUAGUCCCAUGAUGCCUGCCUGGGUUAAGAAAUCAUACCAAAAAAUUAAUUGUUGUUGGGGGCAGCAGUGUUAAAAGGGUCAACUUUAUUUUGUCAAGUGAAGAAAGGAAGAAUAGCCUUCCAAAAAUGAACCAGUUUCUUUAAAAUAUGCAUUUUAAACAGGAAAUUGUCAUAGUACAUGUAAGCAGUCAGACAUAUUUGAUAUUUAACUUUCACACAUAAAUGAGGUGAAUGAAUUUGCAAUUAGCCAAUCAGAAUUAAGCAGUCACAAAUACUUUCUCUACGUGGACCCUCGCUCAAUUUAUGUUAUUGAAUUGUUAAUAUGUAAAUAAUGGCUUUAUUUGUAAACUGACUAGCGGCUCAUUUAAUGCCAGUUUGAGAAUCUGAUUAUCAAAGAGUUGUCUCUAGUCGCAAACAAUAAAUGCCGUGUUUGACAAAGUACAUAUCAAAGAUGUUAAGUUGCAUAAUCAAUUAAUAUGAAAUGGAUGACUGGCAUGAAAUUCCAGUUAUUUGUGAAAUUGAAAAUUGAGAGAUUGGUAUAAGAUAUUGAAUUCUCAAAUUUUGCAAAAUUUCCAAGACAUCUUUUCUUCGUUUUGUUUGAGCCUGAAGGGUGUGUAAUUGAUAAAGUAGUCUUUUAGGAAAAUGGUGAUUUUUCGUUUUUGUUUUACUUUUUUUGUUUUUGUUUUUUUACUUGUCAAGUUUAACACCACUCUCAGGGAAUGCAUUAAUUUGUAAUUUUACUUAAGCCCCAGUCUGUUGUGUUUGAGGCAUGUCAAAUGGCCUAUUCUCGAAAGCUUAGUCGAGGAGUUGGAUGUUUUUUGUUUUUGUUUUGAAUUGGCAGAUGCUAAAAUGCAAACUUGAAACCAUUGCCUUUGUUGCGUUCUAUGCAUAGUCAGUAUCCUGAGAUCUUCAAUGCCAAACGUAUUGUGCUCUACCAUACUGUUCAACUACCUGGGUGGUCUGCUAUUUCAAAGUUGUGGGGGGAAAAAAGGUUAAGAAUGGAAAGGUAAUUUGGUGUAACUUCUUGGAUUUGCAGUUUUUAUCAUUUCCGGGUUUUUUUUUUUUUUGUGGUAGUCUGUGUAAAUAUUGGGCCUUGUUCUUCAAGCAGUUAAAGUGGACAAGAUAUUAUUUUCUCCAUACUAUUAAUGUAUUUGCAGUCAGAACUUGAAAGAGGUUGCCUGUAGGGGAAUUUUUAGAUGCGCUGGCUUGAAUUCUUAAGUGGUGGUACGCAAAAUAUUCCUGAAAGUAUCAGCUUUUCGGUUAGUUUUAUCCCUCUUUUUCCUGAACUGAGAAAUAUUCCUACAAAAGACACUGAAUGACCAUAACAAGCCUUGGGUCACUUGGGGAAAUUGGCACAAGAAUGCCCUUGGUGUGAAAUGAAGUAUUGUUGGCUUUGCGGAUUUGUGUGGGUGUAUAUUUUCUUUUGUUUUGCCAAAGCAGCCAUUUUGGCAUGGUACUGCUCUAUGGGUUUUUUAUGUGUGACUCUCAGAAACAAGCGCUAGCGUCAUCAACCCACAGCUAUUUUACACACAAACAGGUUGAAGGGAAUGUUGGGAAUGCCUGACAAUCUAACUUUGGCAGCUGGCCUCCUUCAUUAGUUUUUUUCAGGAGAGGUUAGGGAAGGAAUUGAGCGGAUGAUGAAGAGUAUGUCAAGGAUUUUCUCCACCUUUUGCUCGAGUACUGUGUGUUUGUUCGAUGUGAUGUAGUCAUAGAUGGAAACUUUGAUAUCUGUUCUCACAUCUAAUCUUUCUUCACACAGUGCCUAAUAUUUGGACCUGUCAUUUCAUACCUGUGGUAGAUGUGUUUUCCAAUACCUCAAGGUCGUUACCAGUCAAUUUUAGAUUGUAUAAUUCAGUUGGUGAAAUGUUAUUAAAGUACGCAUAUUGGAUGUAAAAAGGGCAGGCUGUAGCGCAGUACGGCUCACAGAGUGUACAAACUCGGGUAACACUUGUACUUACUGUUCAAAAUUAAAGAGAACUCAUUUUUUUCAAAAACAAGUUGGUUUUCUUUUUGGCAAUGCGGUUUGAUUAGUCCGAAACAGUUGCAGAUUUCAUUGUUUUUGAGUUAUAUCAUUACGACCAAUUGGUAUAAAGAUUGUCGCAUUUUCACCAUUUCAAGGAGGCUUAUUAGAUCUUGGAAGUCAUUUUUUCUGUAAUUUUUCUAACUCUAAUUUAUAUGAGUGGAAGCUACAACCUGAAAUAUGUAAUUGUUUUAAUGCUGCAAAUCAGCAGUGAAGUUGGGUUUGCGAAGCUACUGCUUGAGGGGAAAGUUGCUUGGUAGAUGUUCAUUGUAAGCAGAAAUCAGAUAUCGUUACAUGUGUUUGUAACAUUUUUGAAGAGCAGUAUAUAGGUUUCUCUCAAGUGACUUCACUUCCUACACAUUGCCAUGUGCAUUGACAUUUCGGACUUCAAAUUUUCAUAACACGCAUCGGCUGCACCGUAUCUUGAAGAUACUUUGAUCAACACGUGAACAGUUGCACACUGCGCACGCAGGCAACUGAUGACGUUGAAUGCGUAGUUGUGCUUUUCCUUUGAGGAUGGCGUCCUUGAGAGAGAUUUAUCGUCUUGUCUGCAAGCAGAUGCACUCAGCAACUUUGUUCCAUCCUAGUGGCUGUCUUUGAUUCUGUAGAGUUAUCAAGUAGUUCAUGAAUUUCGUUUUUGUUUUUUGGGGGUUUUUUCUGCAAUAAAUUGGCAUAUUUAGCGAAAUUGGAUACUACACAUUGACAGCAAAAUGUUACCAUUGAAACUUCGGAGCAGGAAUGUUUGAAGUCAUCAUCUUGUUUCUCACCUCCAUUCAAAAACUACGUAUUCGUACAGAUAUAGUUUUAUUUGUGUUAUUAAUAUUGAUUUUUCAUUUUAAUUAUAGUUCACAUUUCAAUAGAAUAUUAAAUUCCAUAGUGUAUUAUAAAGGGCAUUGGAAUUUUUGCCAAUUCUACAAGGAAAACAAGACUAAUUUAACCUAAGUUUCACCCAGUUUCGAAUUUACAUAUUUCAGGCUCGUAGAUUCAGUUUUGUUAAGUUUUAUAAUUUGAACAGGGAAUUUCCAUUGUUUGAAACUCGAUCAGCUGAAGAAUACGCUGAAUCAUCUCAUACCAUCAUGAUGGAUAUUUCAUUUAUGCUCUCAUCACGAACAGUCUAUGGUGCUGUGCCGUUGUGCGUUCCCCUCCCUCUGUUUUGUUAUUUAAUAACGGUAUACAUGUACAUGUACAUUGUAUAACGUUCUGCAUACACUGUUCUCGUAGUGUGACACAAGUUUAUAAAUAUGUUUAUACAGUGUAAAAUUCAUUCACGACCAACAUUAAAAAGAAAAUUUCAAAGAAAAAAGAAAUCUAAGCAAGACUGAAUGAUAGGAGUGUUUUGUACUCACAAUGUGUAUUGACUGGAAUUAAUUUUUAUGGCCAUUAACUUCGGAAUGGGAACUGGCCGUGCAAGCAAUUUGUAUAUUGUAAAAAGAAUUCAUUUUUCUGAUGUUUAAGGUAAACAUUAGAAUGGUAGAAAUAAUGAUGUGUAUCUAAAGUCGGAUAUUGUAUUAAAGUUGUAAUAUUUCGUUUCUCUCUAUUCUGUGUCGGGCCACGGAGGUAGAUGCAGAAACAUUGGCAAUUUUGAUAAUUAAUUGAGAUGUCAUUUGAACGUUUUUGUGGAUAGAUUUAUACAUAAAUUGCCUUUUUCGAGGGUUUGAUGGUCUCGAGUCGAUUUGAUUGAUCUGUGAAUAUGUGAUGAUUAAGAGAAAAGAUGAGAAUUUAACCAUUCCACUGUGUGCUUAGUGUUUAGAAAAUGAAGUCUGAACUUGGCUGAUUAGCCAUGAGAGGAAGUGUUAGUAGACCGACACCAGAAUGAACCUUGUAGAGUUCGUAUUUCCUUGUCUUUUGGAUUUUUUAAUCGUAGAUUUUGAUUGAUUUAUGACUAAGGUUUGCACAUUUCAUUCUCUGGAUUGGAUAUUAUGAAAGGUAGUUUUUCUUACUUUUGUUUCUCUCUCAAUUGGUAAAAAUGUACAUUGUCACUUUAUUUAUGAAAUACAUAUUUAUUGCAAAAGCAAA